GUUUUAGUUUGUUGGUUGGACCGAGGGGAGGAGGAGGAAGAAGAGGAGGAGGACGAGGACUAGGAGGAGGACGAGGGCUGUCAAUGUAAUCCCCCCCCUCCUCCAUUUGUACCAACAGGCACGUUUCCUGUCAGUAGCGAGAAUCGGUCCUCUGGUGGGAAUUCUGCACCGGUGUGCCCACAGUGAAGAACGUCUCCAUUUUGGUGCCUCUUUGAUGAAAAACAGCCGCUGCGUGUCAAGAUCAGUUGGACGAGCCUCUACUGUGGAUUUCGAGGCAGAACAUGUCAGUGUGUCAACAGCUGGAGAAAAAAGCACGACAAAACUCGUUCCAAUAGCGCCGUGGCUGACGUGUAAAAGGCUUCGUUUAUUGGAAACAAGGAGUACACCACCUCGUUAUUUGGUGCUACAUUUAAAGCGGCGAGUCCUCGUUUGGGGGGAAAAAGACUAUUGUCAUUGGCGAAGAUGCUCACUGUACCGGCUGCUAGCUGAUUUGCUAACUCCGGGUUUCACGGGGAAUGAAUGAGUGAAGAAGGCUGACAAUGUGGCGUCUUUGGGGCUGAGUGAGGACAGGGUGUCGACAACAACCGGUGGGUGAACGACAACUAGUGUUGUUUGUGCUGUUUUGAUGCGCCACCUUCUCGCCCUUUGCCACCAGCCUCACCUGACAUAAAUCCUCGUCGACAUGUCAUCCCGGGAGCCCGUCUGUUAGAUUUACCCACUCGCCCAAUCUCGCGUGGAAUUCGAGGGGUAAAGCCAUAAAAGAGGGGGUGAACGACGAUUAUAAACCCAAAGAGGAGCCGCCUAUAUGAAGAUGCUGAUGUGUGACCGCGGCGUCCAGAUGCUCGUGACGACAGUGGGCGCGUUCGCCGCCUUCAGCCUCAUGACCAUCGCCGUGGGCACCGACUACUGGCUGUACUCGCGUGGGGUCUGCCGCGUGAAGAGCAGCGGAGACAACGACACUAGCCGCAAGAACGAAGAGGUGAUGACGCACUCCGGCCUCUGGCGGACCUGCUGUCUGGAAGGAACCUUCCGAGGCGUGUGUAAGAAGAUUGAUCACUUUCCAGAGGAUGCUGACUAUGAGGCGGAUGCUGCUGAAUACCUGCUGCGUGCAGUGCGUGCCUCCAGUAUCUUCCCCAUCAUGAGUGUGGGUUUGCUGUUCUUGGGAGGACUCUGUGUAGCCGCCAGUGAGUUUUACCGCAGCCGACACAACGUCAUCCUCAGCGCUGGAAUCUUCUUUGUCUCCGCAGGCCUCAGUAACAUCAUUGGAAUUAUUGUCUAUAUUUCGGCCAACUCGGGCGAUCCGGGCCAAAGCGACAGCAAGAAGUCCUACUCCUACGGCUGGUCGUUCUACUUCGGGGCUCUAUCUUUCAUAAUGGCUGAAAUGGUAGGAGUGCUGGCCGUGCACAUGUUCAUCGAGAAGCACCGCAAACAGCGGGCCAAAUCCCGCACCGAGCUCAUCAAGAAGUCCGCCUUCAGCCGCAUCCCCUCCUAUCGUUACCGCUUCCGGCGCCGCUCCAGCGUCCGCUCGUCGGAGGUUCCCAGUCGCGAUGCCUCGCCUUUGGGGAAAAUCGGCUACACAGGGCCCGGCGCCUCAGAGAUGCCGAUGUACACGCUAAACCCACGCGAGGCCGGCAACGCCGCCACCAAAUCCGGCCUUGGCGGGCUGCUCAACUCUGAGAGGGAUUUCCUCCAGAGUAGCACGCUCACUAAAGACUACACAAAGGACCCCAACCGCAGGACCACACCUGUCUGAGAGGUGUCGCCUGCUAAUAUCAACCAAUCACAGUAGCAAAGAGGAGGAGGCUGAGAGAGAGUGCUAGCUGAAGCUUAAGGGGAGCGGUGGGUACAAGGAAUUUUGAAAAAUCUUGACUGUGAACUUUAAGCCUUUGAACUGUGAAUCCUGAACCCGAUGAGCAUUUCAGUGUGUGUAGCACGAGCCGUUUGGAUGGAGAACUCGUUCCCAUCACCACUUAACCUCGUGUUUUCUGUAGUUGGCACAUUCUUUCAUUCUAUUUAUGAUCAUCUUAUAUUCGUCAAUUGGCCUUUUUAAAAAUGGGACUGUCCCAUUCUUAGUGGUUUACUAUUUUGGCAGACUCUCCUAAUUGAUGAAUGGAACGUGAACUUGUGAAUGGUCUGUCCGUUUUUAAUACAGGAUGAGCCAGAUGAGUGCGGGUAAGCUGACAUCAAAAUAUCAAUGAAGGAUGCAUUUAUCUGUGCAUCUGUAUAUAUACUGUAUGCUCCUUUUUAUAUUGCUUUAAUCAUGGACUGGCUUCUGUCAUGACAGACAGUCUUGGCUAACAAUGAAUUAAGUUCAUCCUUUUUGGCAAACCUCCUUUUGUAGCUGAUCUCUGGUCAGUUGUUUGCUUGUCGGGGGUGUCAUGACUUUUAGAUGGUCAUUUUGGAUCAUUGGUGCUUCCUUUUUGAUUUUUCUCUCUUCACUGAAAGAAAGAUUUAUUUGUCUUCACUUUUCACUUACCACAUAUGACGUGUGCUGCUCACCUUACCUCUUCACUCUCACCACCUUUUUUUACCCUCUCCUUUCCACACUAGUCUUCCAUCUGUCGCCGGUAGACUAGCUGCGUUGAGGAACCUGUGGAAGAGAGGAGACCACUUAGCUGUGAAUACGGUUCGAGACAGAGCCAUAAAUGCAUUAAAAACAGAGACGGAAAUGCUCGCCCACUACCUCCAGCUGAAUAUCGUUCAACAAUUGUGUCUGAAGUCUCUUGUACAAGGGGAAAGAAUUGUGGUAUGUGGCACGCGAUGUAAAGCAGGCUGGAGGGUAGUACCAUGCAUUAUUCAGUGGGUUUUUGCUCCAUCCAUUGAGGUGUCAGUCACAACCUCCCUUCUCUCCUUGUCUCCAAUACAUGUGCAUUGACUGUACAGUAUGCGCUUAUACAAACACGUCUUCUGUGACCUCCACAAACGUGUUCUAAUACAGAACAUGUUACACAAAUACAUCUCCACUUCUCCCUCCCAAUAUACUGCAUGUUUCUGUCACGGGAUAAUAGUGUCACUGGCACAUCUGCAUUAACAUUUAGUGUCGGGUAAGCGUUCCCAUUUUCAGGAUCAGACUUUGACGAGCAUGAUUUGACGUGAUUUAUUGCGAAAAUCGCGGCAGACACUAUUGCUCUAGAAUAAUGUGACCAUUUUUUUUCCCGGUACACCUGACGACAUUGACAAGGACAGCGAUGGUUGACAGUUUCAAAACAGACUCACAAAACACUUUUAUCAGCGUCAUUUUUCCCAUCUACUGUUUGACGUGUCAGUCCAUGAGUGAAUUUGGGGUUUUGGUUGUAAAAGGCUCAAAAUGAGUUUUAAACCCUUGAUGACAAAAUUUUAAAUAAUUAACUUAAUGGCUGCCAUUGACACAGACAGACGUCCAAUCCAUUUUGACCAGGAGGAAAAACAGCGGUCCUUCUAUCGAGGAGUUGAGAUUUGUUUUUGCUUUCAAGUAGAUGCUUAAUUAAGUUGAGAAAGUACAUUAAAAUACUGUAAAAAAUGAAUACAAUUUAAUGUAUGGUGCCAUUAAGCGACAAAAGUCAUCUGUAGGGAAAAAAAAAAGCAUUGGGCUGCUUUAGGGUUGCCACACCCCACGAAAAAAAAUAAGGAGCACCUCAUUGGUAGAGCCGGCCGGCCUGAUAACCGUCACCCUUUAAUUAUUUUUUUUGUAUUUGUGAAGUGAUUUCUUUUUUAAAAUUAUAAUUAUUAUAUAUAUUUUACUCAAACCUUAAUUAAUUGGGUACAUAUUAAAGUGAUAUAAGCACAUGAAAAACAAUUAUCAGCAAUGUAUUUUUAAUACAAAAAGUACUAGAAUAGAAUUAACACCUGUUAUGCAAAUCUAAAACUAUAACUCUUAAGGUCCUGAGCCUUUUUUGUGUGUGUGUCUGCAUUUUUGAAUGAUUAGUUGUUUUGGUUUUUUUUAAUCUUUUUUCAAACGUGCAAACACAAACGCUGAGGUAAAGGUUUUUUUUUUUUUUUUUUUUAACAAUUUAGGUGCAUUCAAAGUAGAGGUGUGCGAAAUUUCCGAUUCUUAGAUUAUUCACGAUUCAGCCCUGGAAGAUUCGAGAAUGAUUCACAAACAUCCAAAUCCCGAUUAUUGAAAUAUGCCAAGUAAAGCGGAACUAAAACACAGUCAGCGCAGUCUUCAUGACGCAAUGAGGAACGGAUCGAGAGUAAACAUCAUGUUCAACUCACGGCUCCAGCUCAACUCAUGCUUGCUAGAUUAAAAAAAAAAAAAAAAAAAACGAUAAUACCUGAUUGCGGCCGACAGCCGCUACAGACUACGCCCACUUAAUGCUACGGUAGAUAUCACAUGUAUAAAGAACUAGAUGCGAAAUGACAGACUCAGCGGCGUUACCACAUAUAUAGAAAACUAGAUGCGAAAUGACAGACUCGCUGACAUUGGUAAACAGCCGCCAUCUAACAGCAGUAGACUUCUCUGGAAGGCUGUUGUAGCGAACCUUCCGAGCGAAUCUAACUUUUUAUCUAAAAUACUCCUAAAUCGGCAAAAUCUUGACUUGAAUCUAUCUUUAAAUGAUGAAUCAGUUUUAAAACUUUCAUGUCGAAAGUAGACAGAAGGGAAAUCAUGGAAUAACGGGAGCAAUUUUAACAACUUUUAACGGUUGAUUCACAACAUUAAAUUAAUUGAAUGUAGUAUAAAGCUGCUGAUACAGAAUUGGGACUUGAGUAUUUUAUUUACCGUUUUGAACUGUCAACUUGAUACAGAAAUAGUAGUUUAUUUAAACCUGAGAGGAUUUUUGUACAAUUUUUGUAACUAAUGUACGAAACAUUAAAACCAGCUAGGGGUGGGGUGGUGCAUCAAUGAUCGAUUCAUAAUCGAAUCAUAGCCUCUGAAUCGUAAUCGAAUAGUUAAGUGCCCCAAGAUUCCCAACUCUAAUUCAAAGUCCCUUCAGCAAUAACAUUUUCACAAAUCAUCACUCCACAUAUAAUGUGGAAAACAAAUGACCAUCAUUUUUAACAUGCUUUUUACUUGCGCUUCACCCAAACCUUUUAUCACCCACACUAUUUGUUGUCUUCCUUUUUCCGCAUGGCACGUUGUACCUCUUUGACCAGUGAGAUCAGUGGGCUUGUCAUACUUCUGUCAGCUCAUUUGUCAAAAAGCAGGAGAGGUGGGGGAAUGCGUUCCCCUACAAAUUCUUGAAAAGUACCAUACCAGUAUUCGUUUGUUCUACACAUAAACCAAUUUUUUCGAUUUUCAUGAUUAUACAGGACUAAGCGUGCCCUUGCAAGCUUAAUACAGGACAUGUACUUUUGUUUCUGAAAUCCGGAUGAUUCCGUUUUUCAAGGGACAGUUGGCAAACCUAAGCUGCUUUGAUUUGGAUUUUGACUAAUUUGUGGCAAUAGGCAUCAAGGGUUUAAUCUAGUCUAAAGAUUCCAGAAUUUGUAUUUUAUUUUUCAAAACACAUGAGGCAACACCUAAAUGCAGUCUGCAGCACGGAGAAGGGUGGUUGUGAAUGAGCCCACAAAAUUGCAACACCAGGGCCAUAACUGAAGAUUAGCAUUUACCUGUCUUUUCCCUCUCACACAGAAUCCAGCAAAAUGGGAUAAUCACACCUGGGUGUGCUCUCAUGUAGUAACACAGCAUCUCACAAUCAGAUAAUUACAUGUUUGACGGCGUCAGCAUCUGGUGUCGUGGUUAAAAUAUGCGCAGGGAUGGUUGUUUUCAAAAUAACGGGACCGAGACAAUUUGAAACCUAAUCAAACCCUAUUGAAUAAAUGCUUAAACCGCCUUACUUACUGACAUCAAUCUCCGAUGGCAGAGUAUUUCCAAAAUGGUUUUGUUGUCCCAUUUCAUUUUAGUGCCGUUUAUAAACAAUAGAGACCUGGAAAAACAACUAGAGAUAGCCGUCCAAGUAGAAAAUCCGCUUGGCAUUAUUACCUUGAUAAGGAAAGAUGUUACAACACUCCCCAUAAAGAGCGCUUCGAUAUGUCCUUGUGCCGGCUAUCCUUCACAUGUAAAUAUUAAUUUUACAACAUCAGCAGUUGUCAUGGGCUGUGAAAGGGAAAAUGUGCUUUCUCUUAAGCAAGGGCUUUUAAUUUUUAAAGAAGCGGCGCACACAAGGGCUUUUUAUGCUCGGCGUUGCACCAACAUUGUUCAAAGGGUGUUAAGUGGCUGGGAUAGAUGCGUGAACGCGGGAAGACAAGGAAAAGUACAUUUGCAAGGGAACAAGCAUUUAUAAACUAGCUCGAAUAGGUAACAAGCAGCACGGUGCCUGAGCAGCGUUCAAGAAAAGCGUGUAGUCACUGGGCCACUUUCGCUAAAACUGAGCCUUGACGAGAUGUUUUUCUCUAACUUUAGAGUAGGCAACUUUUCAAAGUAGUUAGUCAAAUGAUAAAACCUUACGCACACGUAGGAUAGCAUCGUAAGUUAUAAAAAUGGUUAAUUAUACCUGGUGCCAAAUAUUACUGAAAUAUGUCCUCCAGUCGGCUGCUCUGAGUUCUCAUUUAGACUUUCCAUUGGUGGUAAUGUAGCGGGUCAUGAGGGCUUCCUUACAUCCACGCGGGAGUCCGUCAAGGGUCAUUUAUGAGCCAUGUUAAGAUGGCGACUCAAGCCAUGCAUGUGCCACAUACCUGUUUCCAGAGCUUCCUUUGCUCUAUAGUAAGUCUUAAAUUGCACCCUGAACAUCACACUGCUCCUUGUAAGCGUUUCCUGGGUGUUCUUCAAGUUCUACCAUUUUACUUGUAUCUUCAUACAGCUUUGACUGGACAAAAAAAAAAAAAAAACUGUUAUUAGUAAUGCUAUAUAUUCUAUUCUAAAGGUGCCAUUGUGCAGAGGACUACUCUGCCACGUGUUAUUUUGUUCAUGGUUGGGGCACAGGGUGAGACUGAGGGUUGUCUGUGUAUAGUAUUAACUAUUAAUUUUCCCCUUUAAUGUGGCUUGCGGGUUGGUUGGUUGGUUGGUUGGUUGGCUGGCUGGCUGGCUGGCUGGCUGGCUGGCUGGUUGGCUGGUUGGUUGGUUCACUUGAACAGAAACUGAUGAGGCUGAGUGAUUUCACAGUAGAUUUGUGAAUCUGCGGAACGACCAACGCAAUGCACAACGAACAACACUUAAAUGGGUUGCUAUACUUACGGGGACUCGUUGACCAUAUCAGGUCACCACAAAAGCUUGAUGAAAGUACCGUAAUUUUCGGACUCUAAUCUGACUAUAAGUCAUACCCACAUGAUUUUGCAAGAAAAUGGCAUUUGAUAAUAUGUAAACUACGGUGGAUUAUAAACCUUAUGUGUCUACAUUAUACGGGUUGAUUCAAAAUCAAUGUGCAGAAAUCAUCACGCAUGUAUUAAUUUUAAAAUCAUUGAAAUACAAAGAAUUAAUUAUUUUCUUAUUAAAUUAUUAAUUAAUAAGACUUUUUUGCAAGUAAGUAAUUUUUUUUUAAAAAUUCAAAGUCAUAUCGGCUUGAUGUUGUCUGUGCUGCUCGUGGUGAUCACAUUUAGCACUUGUAAAGUAUGAAAAAAAACUUGAAGUUAUAUACAAUACUUGUAUCCAGCUAGUUAUUUUUUGUUUUUAAUGUACCGCAAUAUUUUUGGCACAUUCUUUUUGAAUCACCCUGUAUUCUGGGAUAUUUACACUAAAAGGGAUGCAUCUCAUUAGGGUGUAAAAAAAAAUAUAUAUAUAUAAAUAUACCGCUUACAUUGCGGUUUAUUUAUACCAGCAAUGUAAGCCUCAGGGUUCAAAGUGGGUGGAAAAAGUAGAGGCUUAUUGUCCGAAAAGUACGGGAGAAAUGUAAGAACUGCGAAUACAAUAAUCUGUAAAGUAAGAAUGACCAAAAAUAACGUAUUUUCUCAUGUAAUGGUUGGGGGUGUUUAUUUACUGAAACGCUGACUACUUGUGAGAGGAUUGUAUUAUCUAAAUUAAAUAUUGUUAUUAAAGUACAAUCAAAGCACUAUCGCGUUAAUCUCAACAAAUUGUAGAUUACAGACGCCAGAUGGUCCAAGUGCCGCCUUAAAUCAUUACCUGCCACUGACAGCGACAGACAUGCAAAUUAUUUGAAGUAGGAGGGAUGGCGUUCACUGCCACUCUCCCAGCUCAAAGACAUUGGAUAUCUAUGAGUGAUAAACUUAUUAAAAAUUCACACCAGAAAGAUAGAAAAAAAGCCACAUGAUUUCACUUCUACCACAUUAUCCGCAUCCCAAUUUUUCCUCUCUGGAAAUAAGUUUCAUUAACUCGUUGGCUGCCAUUGACAGCAUAGACAUCCAACCCAUUUGAAGUGGGCUGGCAGAGAAUAAACAAAUGUUCAUUCCUAGCCAACCUUCCACUUCCAAUUUAUUGUACGUCUACUUGUGAUAAACUACCAGAAGGAUGACUGCACACCACACGAUUCGACGUCUAUCAUUGACAAUGGUAGUGAAAGAGUGUGCGCGUCUCUUAUUUCAAGUGUGUGACGCACCAAUGAUGAAUUGAAUUAUUACUGAGAAGCCCACUUUUUAAGGGGAUACAGUAAACCAGGGGUCUCCAAACUAUUCCGCAAAGAGCCGCAGUAGCCAGCGUUGUUUUUGGCAGCCCUUUUAAUUUUCAUCUUAGUCUCAUUCUUAUGGACAAUAAUACUUAUCAGUCUCUCAAAAUGUUUUUUUCUUUAUCUAGUUUUUGUUCACGAAAACUCAAGACUAAUUUCGUUUAGUUUUGGUUGACGUUUACUGAAAUUUUUAUCGUCUGUAAAUAAAUAAAAAAUUUACUCCAAUAAUACAUAAAAAAUAAAGGUUUCCAAAUAUUUCAAAUGAACAUUGACAGACGAGCACAUACUGGACUGUCUCAGAAAAUUAGAAUACACAAUAUUCUAAUUUUCUGAGACAGUCCUGUAUAUUGUUCUAUGUAAAGGACGUCAGCCAAGGUCGGCCCCCCACAUUUUUACCACGCCAAAUCUGGUCCCCUUUGCAAAAAGUUUGGACACCCCUGCUUUAAAUGGUGGAUUAAUGUACAGGACUGUCUCAGAAAAUUAGAAUAUUGUGUAUUCUAAUUUCCUGAGACAGUCCAGUACAUAUUGUAGCAUCUACAAGGACAACGCCAACUUGAUGAUAAUACCCACUCAGCAGGAAAACAAUACAUUAUUUUCAUCUAAUUAUACCCACCUGGACAACACGAACUGUAUGUAAAAAAUGUCCGAGAGCUUAAGCGGACGCUCGCCGAUAGCGUUAUCCUAAUGCUAACGCGAACGCAAAUGCUUCGCUAACACUAUGAGUUACAUUUAGUGUGUGGUGAUCACUCAGUAUAGACCUUUAACGGCUAAAGCAACAUUGCAUUUUCUCUCUGGCCUGGAUAAGAAAACAAAUCUUACUAUGUGUGCGUGUGUGCAAGCCUUGAGACGUGGAGAGGACACUGCACUUUUGAGUGGGGGGUGGCACAGCACGUCACAUGAGUGACACAACCAGGCACUGCUACAAUUCCGAUAACUACGCAUAAAAUUUCACACAAUGUGAACAUGUGACAGAAACUUGCGCAUUUUUGUCUCGUUCCCGUCUCGUCAUUACUUUUUAGUCUCUCGAAACACGUUUUUAGCUUGUCUGUUAAUCAUGAAAAAAAGUGUUCAUUGACGAAAUAUUUUCGCUAUCGUCAUCGUUGACAAAAACAACACUAAACCAAACAAUACCACACCUUUUAAUCAAUCUGGUGUUUUACAAGUGUAAUCAGUUGAUUGCUUGUUUGAGCAGAAACCUCAUUAAACUGUUUGUGCUGGAUGGGUUGGAAUAAAAACCAGGACCCACAGAGGCCCUUUAAGGACUGGUGGGGAGACCCCUCUGGUAAACGUAAACAUUUACACUUACAUCACCCAAUGUGGUUUUCCACGUUGCCCUCGUAGGUAUAGCAAUGCAGAUUUAUGACAAACAACUAACCAAGAAAAACAUUACUCCGACAGUGAAGGAAGAAAAUGUUUUAAGGAAAUUGUCUACGGAAGAGAAUUUUUUCCAGUGAAGGAAAAGGAUUCUCAUUUUUAAAGGGAAGGUAGUGCAUAUUUUCAGGCAUACAAAAGCUAUCAUUCUAAAGAGUAACAGUUUUACCUUGAGUUGAUUUGUGAAAGCUAUAUAUAAUUUAAUACACGACUUAAUAGAAAUUGGCCUUAGCAUCAUGGCUGUCUCAAAUGGCUUGAAAUGGGACUUUGUCCCUAUAAGAACCUCAUUUCCUCCUCCAACAUGCCCCAUUGACUACAGUGGGGAGAACAAGUAUUUGAUACACUGCCAAUGGGUUCUCCUAUUGGCAGUGUAUCAAAUACUUGUUCUCCCCACUGUAUAUAAUUCUGCAUGCGCACACACUUGACUUGGGUGUUUUUUAGCAAAUUAGAAAAAAAAUCCAUUUUACCAAAGGCGUAGGUUUGCACAUAAACUUUACUAUUUGUUGACGGGGGUCGAGGCCGAUCCGUUGGGGGCCUAUUUUCAAAAACUUAAAAUUCAAAUAUUUUCAAAACCAAAGCCGCUAGCGACCUAAAACCAAAUAGGGCACCUCCCUUAGGCAUACUAGUAUAUAAGUCUCCAUGAGCGGCGACAUAAAAAAAAAACAAAAAAUUCAAAGUCCUUCCCGAAUAAAAUCCCGAUUAAUUAUUUUUUUAAUAUAAGUAUAACAAAAUUUAAAACGGCUAUGAAAUUCUCAAAUUUUACACUAGAUGCACAGAAAUCACCAAAUGCAGAGAUAAUCACCUAUAUUCUCAGGUUCAAUAGCAAUUAUAUAAGUAUAUAUGUUUUUGCCUGAAAUAGCGACUUUUUUUUUUUUUUUUUUUCAGUUUUCAAUAGCUAAUAAAUCACUCAAUUUUCACAUGAGAAACUUAAUACUUGAGGAAAGCAAGUAGAAUAAUUUUAAUUUUACUCAGAAAAAGCAAAAUUUGCAUUUUCUAUAUACAAUCACAACUUAUUUAGGUUUAAUUCCGAUGUUACUAUUGCCUCAGCACAUCUUGCAGGCUAUCUGACCCUCGUCGUUUUUAGAUUGAAAUGUUACAUAACC